AUGGACCUGUUCUCCGCUGCCUGCGAGAACUUCGGUGUGGUCAUUAACAAGCAGAAGACGGUGGUGAUUAGACAACCGCCACCCAACUUAGCCGCAGCAUCCCAACGCGCCGCCGCAACUCAGCGUGAACGGAACCCAACUGCAAGUGGUGGAGAACUUCCCGUACCUGGGCAGUACUCUCUCCCGCAACACCAAGAUCGAUGACGAAGUCGCCAACAGGAUCUCGAAAGCCAGUCAAGCCUUCGGUCGCCUCCAAAGCACAGUUUGGAAUCGCCACGGUCUUCAGCUGAGCACGAAGCUGAAGAUGUACAAGGCCGUCGUCCUGCCGACGCUACUGUACGGAGCAGAGACCAGGACGGUGUACACGAGGCUGGCACGCCGACUAAACCACUUCCACCUCAGUUGUCUUCGUCGCAUCCUGAGGCUGAAAUGGCAGGAUCGCAUCCCCGAUACUGAUGUGCUGGAACGAACGGGAAUCCUGAGCAUAUACUCCAUAUUGAGACAAAUGCAGCUGCGCUGGAGCGGCCAACUGGUGCGCAUGGACGACGAGCGACUACCCAAACGACUCUUCUACGCAGACGUCGCGACGGGUUCUCGUCGUCAAGGAGGCCAAAUUCGCCAGUACAAGGAUACCUUGAAAUCCUCCCUGAAGCAACUGCAAAUCAACCCGACCAUCUGGGAAGAGCUCGCCCGCGAUCGUCCGACAUGGAGGAGAACAGUGAAGACGGGCGCUGCUAUCCACGAAGCCAACCGCAUCGCCGCCACCAAAGCGAAACGUGAAGCCCGCAAAUCACAACUUCGCCCAGUACGCAACGCCGCCGCACAACCGCUUCCCACGGGUCCUCGAUGUCAACGGGCAUUCCGGACUCGAAUCGGCCUUGUUGGACAUCUUCGAAUCAACUGCGCCUCUCGAACUACACCAAUCGUCGUCCCCCCGCCCGCCUCUUCCUCGUCCUCUCUGCCGCCAAAUAACUGACAAUUCUUCUGUACCACCAGUUCCAUCCUCCUCCUCCUCCUCCUCCUCCUCCUCCUCCUCCUUCACUGCCCCAUCGACGGCCGCUCAGGCGUCUGUCGUUCAAGGAGACACCGCACACAUUCCUGACACAACACCAGACAUCACCCCUGCAGCCUCCGACUUCAGACGUGAGGACCAGGACUACACCUGCCCUCACUGCGAUCGCACCUUCACCUCACGCAUCGGCCUGGUCGGUCACUUGCGAAUCCAUCGCCCAGAGACUGGCGAACCAGUGCCUGGGGCACCAAACUACACCCACCAAGCUCGACUCAACUGCCCACACUGA